CUCUUCAAUUUAACCACCUCCCAGUUCGUCGCACGCACGGUAAGCAGCAUUAAGAAGAUGCCUUGCCCGUUCUUGACCCGUCUCAGCACCAGCUACGUGCGCAAUUAUGCUCCGGCCCUGCUCAAGGCGUACGGUGCCCAGUGUCCGGUGGUGCAGCGUACCAUCUCCUCGCUGCAGGGUUCGCAGGCCGCUACUGGAGCUGCCGGUGGUGGUAGCGCUAGCGGUGGUGGUUCCGCAGGACCUCAGGAUGUUGUUUCAAAGAAGGAAACUUCGACCGAGGCACGUCGCAAUCUGAGCUCGAUGCAACAACCGAAACCGAUGCGGUCGGAACCGGCGGCGAGCAAGCCGGUGGCGAAAAAGUGCCCAUUCCUGAGUACGGCGGCCCCGCACGUGAAGGAGCUCGGGGCGGAAAGUGUGGAAGUGCCGACGGAGCGUACGUUCCAGUACGAGGAUUUCUUCCACGAGCAGAUCCUGCGCAAGAAGCAGGACCACUCGUACCGGGUGUUUAAGAAGGUGAAUCGGCUGGCGGCUGAAGGUCAAUUUCCGCGUGCGCUCGAGUAUUCCUGGGGCGAACGUCCGAUUACGGUGUGGUGCUCGAACGAUUACCUUGGCAUGUCGUGCCAUCCGGAGGUAAAGCAAGCGGUCGCGGAUGCGCUCGAAACGUACGGUACUGGGGCCGGUGGUACGCGGAACAUUUCCGGCAACUCGAUGAACCACGAAAACCUGGAACGUCGGCUGGCGGAGCUGCAUCAGAAGGAGAGCGCACUCCUCUUUACCUCGUGCUUUGUGGCCAACGAUUCGACGCUGUUUACGCUCGCGAAGGCACUGCCCGGUUGCCACAUCUUUUCCGACGCCGGGAACCAUGCGUCGAUGAUACAGGGCAUCCGGAACAGUGGUGUACCGAAGCACAUCUUCCGCCACAACGAUCCGUCCCAUCUUCGCGAACUGUUGCAGCGUGUCGAUCGAUCGUUGCCGAAAAUUGUCGCAUUCGAAACGGUCCACUCGAUGACGGGUGCAGUCUGCCCGCUGGAGGAGCUGUGUGACAUUGCGCACGAGUACGGUGCGCUGACGUUUGUGGACGAGGUGCACGCGGUCGGCCUGUACGGGGAGCACGGUGCCGGAAUUGGUGAGCGGGAAGGACAGCUGCACAAUAUGGACAUUAUUUCCGGUACGCUCGGAAAGGCGUUCGGCAAUGUGGGCGGUUACAUUGCCGGGACGUCGCUGCUGGUGGACAUGAUCCGGUCGUAUGCGGCCGGAUUCAUUUUUACCACCUCGCUGCCACCGACGGUACUGUGCGGUGCGCUGAAAGCGGUGGACAUUCUCGCAUCGGAGGAGGGUCGUCGCCUGCGUGCCCGUCAUCAGGAGAAUGUGCGCUAUCUGCGCCAGCGGCUGCAGGAGGAAGGGUUCCCGGUGGAACAUACGCCCAGCCACAUCAUACCGGUCAAGAUUGGCAAUCCGCGCCAAUGUACGGAGGUGUCGGACCAGAUGAUUCAACGCUUCGGGCAUUACGUGCAGGCAAUCAACUAUCCGACCGUGGCACGCGGUGAGGAGAAGCUUCGGCUGGCUCCGACGCCUCACCAUACGCGUGCCAUGAUGGAUGAGAUGGUGCGCGACAUGAAGGUGGUGUGGCAGGAUCUGCAGAUGCCGCUGGCCGGCAAACCCUGCACGGAGGAGUGUGCGUUCUGCCGAAAGCCGCUGCUGUUCGACCGGUUCGAGGCACGUACCAGCGCUACGGCGGCCAGCUGUGCCCGGGAGCUAAACUGCCAGAUACCGAACUGUCCGCAGAUUGCUGCCGUGGCCAAUUGAAAAG